AUGGUUUGGGUGAAUUUUCAAGAAAAAGUUGAUAGACCCAAUGAUGCCUAUGAUGCACUGGAUCCCAAUGGCAACUUAACCAUCAAAUGGGAUGUCAUCUCCUGGAAUCCUGAUGGCUAUACUGCAGUGGUUACCAUCUUCAACUUCCAAAAGUACCGGCACAUUGAAGCCCCAGGAUGGUUGUUAGGUUGGACAUGGACUAAAAGAGAAGUGAUUUGGAGCAUGACAGGUGCUCAGGCAACUGAUCAAGGAGAUUGUUCAACUUUCAAAGCUAACAUCCCUCAUUGCUGUAAGAAAACCCCAACCAUCGUGGAUUUGCUUCCGGGAACUCCUUAUAACCAGCAGGUUGCUAAUUGCUGCAAAGGCGGAGUCAUUAGUUCGAUGGUGCAAAAUCCAGCCACCGCUCUUAGCUCCUUCCAGAUUAAUGUUGGUCAAAGUGGAACAAGUAACACAACUGUCAGGCUGCCUAAGAACUUUACUAUAGCUACGCCGGGGCCAGGGUACACCUGUGGCCCUGCCAAGAUUGUUCCGCCGAGCAAAUUCCCUUCUCCGGAUAAGAGAAGGGCAACUCAGGCCUUGAUGACUUGGAAUGUGACUUGCAUGUACUCACAGUUCUUGGCUCAAAAGACACCGACGUGCUGCGUCUCACUCUCAGCUUUCUAUAACAGCACCAUUGUCAACUGCCCAACUUGCAGUUGUGGCUGUAAAGGUAGCAGCAUAAGCCAGCCAGGGGAUUCAACUUGUGUAGAUUCCGAAUCACGACAUUUGGCUUCAGCUCUGUCGAAUUCAGACACAAAUAUUCGUUUUACACCUCCUCUGGUGCAAUGUACACACCAUAUGUGUCCAAUCCGUGUGCAUUGGCAUAUUAAAGUUAACUACAAGGAAUACUGGAGAGUUAAGAUAACAAUCACCAACUUCAAUUACCGAAUGAACUAUUCACAGUGGAACCUGGUUGCCCAGCAUCCAAAUUUUGAGAAUCUCACUCAGGUUUUCAGCUUUAAUCACGAGUCAUUGACGCCUUAUCCAACCAUAAAUGAUACAGGCAUGUUUUGGGGCAUCAAAUACUACAACGAUUUGCUAAUGCAGGCGGGUCCUUCUGGAAAUGUUCAAUCGGAGCUUAUAUUCAAGAAGGACAAGUCAAGUUUCACUUUCAAUCAAGGAUGGGGUUUCCCUCGAAGAAUUUACUUCAACGGGGACCAUUGUGUCAUGCCAUCUCCUGAUUUAUAUCCACAUUUGCCUAAUGAUGCGAUUCGCAUCACAAGAUUUCACCAUCACUUACUAAAAGCAGUAACAAUGUUGUUAGGUCUGGUGAUUGCAUUCGGAUCAGUCUAG